AUGAAAGGAUUUCGCGAAGCGCUCAUGGAACGUCUCCGAUUUCAUAUUAUUCACUCUAGGCCAUCAUUCAAUCAUCAAAGGAAUCAACGUCCUUUCAGUUUGGUCAUUGGGAACCCUGUCUCCACCAUGGGUGUUCUCCUUGUGACAAGUACUUAUACUGACCUCUCCGACUUUAUCUUCAUUCCCAACCAACACAUCUUACCUUUACUUAUCAUGAAGAUCACGCGAAUUCAAUCCACUGUUACUUAUUUCAAGAAGUCUGCUACCAAGGCCAAAAAGUGGCUUGCCGUGACGGCUAAUCGAUUUCACCGAUCUCGCCAUGGCCUCAGCCCACCUGUCUCCAGUGAACCUUCAGAAAAACCACUUUCCCGCCCUUCCACUCCUCUCUUGACUACCAUCCCUGUCCCACCUCCCAUUCCACUCAUCUACAACAGCGUUGAACUUUCCUCCCUUACGACCACCCCGAUGUUUGAACCUUUGGACAACUCCGUCAUGCUUGAACCUUUGGACAACUCCGUCAACAUCCAUACUCUCCCCUCGGUUUCACGCACGUCUCUUACUCGUUCGACUGCUAGCUCUGGGCCGUCCUCCACCACGAUCAGUCUGAUGGACAUAGACACCUUUCCACUUUUGACACCCCCUUUCCUCCGUUCUCACUACGAGACUAACCUUCAUGACACCCCCCCUCCCUCAACUCUUACCACGUUUGCUGAAAGUUCCGAAGUUUUGGAUGUUGUGACACCAGAGAUCGAAUCCCCAGCACACAAUAUCAUUGAGGCAGUCAGAGACAUCUAUCGCCGUUCGCCUACGCCUACCUCUCAAAGGCCAUCAGCCCAGCUAUACGUGUCCCUGCCGCCUGUGCAGAAUCCUGUCACUUACCUUGCCUCUCGAACCGCUCGACCUUACGCCUACAUCAACCGCAAUAUUCUACCACCCUCUCCCCCAGCUUCUCAUUCAGCCAAAAAGCGAGCUUUCUCGGUGUCUGCGGAGGAUAACUGCAAUGUACAAGCUUAUAAGCGCUACAAGUUGAGUUCACCAGGUCGUCUCUUUUUGGCGAACACUUUUCCAGAUCUUUGCUCCACCAGGUAUGAUUAUGGUUGGUCUCUUCAUGACGACAAAGUUUAUGUUUUUUCGGCAUCCUGUCCCACGAAUGCUCAAGCCGAAAUGGAUGUAGAUGGCUCGGAUGUUCAACCCUUCAAGCGCAGUAGGUUAGCUUCACUGGACUUUAGAAAACGGGCCUUCUCUGAAUCGGUGCAUCAUGAAGACACUGUACAAGCUUAUAAGCGCUACAAAUUGAGUUCACCAGGUCGUCUCUUUUUGGUGAACAUUUUUACAGAUCUUUGCUCCACCAGGUGUGAUUAUGGUUGGUCUCUUCAUGACAACAAAGUUUAUGUUUUUUCGGCAUCCUGUCCCACGACUGCUCAAGCCAAAAUAAAUGUAGAUGGCUCAGAUCAAGCUUAA